AUGUUGGCCAUAAAGAAGGUUUUUGAACAGAGGAUGGAAGUAACAGAGAUGUGUAUGCUGAGGUGGAUGUCUGCUAAUACUAUGAUGGAUUGGAUAAGAAACCAGGAGUUCAGGGAGAAGUUAGAGGUUACACCUCGCUCCACAAAGAUGCAGGAGAACAGAUUGAGAUGGUUUGGGCAUGGACUAGGGUUGGUCAGAGGUAAGAAGGGUAGUGUUUUGGUGGGUGGUGGUUGGACUAGAUCAGAUCAGACCAGACCAAAUCAAUUUAGAUUAUAUCAGAUUAGUUCAGAUCAGAUUAGACCAGAUCAGAUUAGACCAGACUAG